GCCAAAACAGACAGUUGAGAUUGCACGUUCUCCUCCUCGUUUUAAAAUUGUGUUAUUAGUUCUUUUUUUCUUUUCCACAUAAUUGCCGCGUUAAGAACCAGAGACUGAAAGCGAAGAAGUCGUCGAAUUGGAUUCCAAAUCCCCCAAAUCCAGAUCUCGGCGUUUCUCCAGAUGGCUUCCAAACGGAUCUUGAAGGAGCUCAAGGAUCUCCAGAAGGAUCCUCCCACCUCCUGCAGCGCCGGCCCUGUUGCAGAGGACAUGUUUCAUUGGCAAGCAACAAUAAUGGGUCCCGCUGAUAGUCCUUAUGCAGGCGGUGUUUUUCUUGUUACAAUUCAUUUUCCUCCUGACUAUCCAUUUAAACCUCCCAAGGUUGCAUUCAGGACAAAAGUCUUUCAUCCGAAUAUAAACAGCAAUGGUAGUAUUUGCCUUGAUAUCUUAAAGGAGCAGUGGAGUCCCGCUCUGACUAUUUCCAAGGUGCUACUGUCGAUCUGUUCGUUGUUGACAGAUCCAAACCCUGAUGAUCCAUUGGUACCGGAGAUUGCUCACAUGUACAAGACAGACAAGGGAAAGUAUGAGGCAACUGCAAGGAGCUGGACCCAGAAGUAUGCCAUGGGAUAGUCUCUGCCCCUUUUAUAAGGAUUCUAGGAGCUUGGUCUGAUAUCAUGUAGAAAUGAAAUUUGCUUUGUCCUCUCUACCCCUGUAAUGCACGAAUGUGGGAUUGAACUUUAGUUGUAUGCUCCAAAAAAGAAACGAAGAUGAAUCCUUUGAUUGUUUGAAUGGAAUUUAAUCUAUGAAACUAGGAAAUAAUGUCUAUUUAA